AUUAAUUAUUCCCCACACAAAAAUGGGUCUUCGCAUGGAACCAAAAUCCGUCUGGAUCGCAGGAUUUGAAAUCAUUCCAUUCCAGGAGGACAUGGAGGAAUCAGGGCCAGCUUUCAAGAAUCUUCGCAGCAGAGAGUAUGAAGGUCACAAGAAGAAGGUACACUCUUGGCAUGGAAUUGCACGGCCAUGAAGCUUGCUUCCGGUUCUGUCGAACAAACUGCUCGAGUUUCGCAUAUUGAGCAUCACGAACAUCUAUGCUGGGACCAUAGACAUUCUGAUCUUAUAGCGACUGUGUCUGGAGACAAGACUGUUCGUCUAUGGGAUGCUCGUAAUGGGAAAUGCUCACAGCAAGAUGAUCUCAGUCGGGAAAAUAUCAAUAUCACCUACAAACCUGAUGGCACGCACAUAGCUGUUGGGAAUAGGGAUGAUGAGCUUACAAUUCUGGAUGUUAGGAACUUUAAACCAGUUCACAAGCGCAAGUUCAAUUAUGAGGCCGCACAACAACGCAUGCACUUGAUCAAGAUAAACACAAAGAACAAGAGAGAGAAAAUGCAAGGAAGAAUAUUGGUUAAAAAUUUUAUAUUGAUGACUUCAGUCGAAUGUCCAAAUGGGACGAACAGUUCACCAGAUUCCUUGUCGGGGUGCGGCGAACAGUGUGGAGUGGAAUCCAAGGCAUAAUUUACUUGCUUAUGGCUGGGGAUGACAAGAACAAGUAUCAGGCUGAUGACGGCAAGUAUCUGUGCAUAUUGAUGUUUCCCACUAAUCUUUUUAAUUUGAUGCACAGUAGGUAGUAUUCAGUUUUAUCUUCAUUUA